AUGUCUACAGAUGCUGAAUUAGCUCUUGCUCCUGAUGUAGAAUACCGAAUGCAUGAAAUAGUGCAGGUUCAUAGAUUUCACCGGGUGUCCCUCCAGGUAGUUCUGAGCACAGGAGAAAUAAUCAACAUAUUUGGUCCACGUGAGAAUGUCAUCAAAGGCAUCAAAUUAAUUCGAGUAAUAACAUAUGAGCCUGCGGAUGUUCUACAACACAAGAGGAAUUUUGUGCAGGAGUUUAACCAACCUUGUUGGUAUGAGUAUUUUGAACGUAAAGAAGCAGAAGAAGCCAUGCUGAUGGAACCCGAUGAAUUGGAAAAAGGGAAGCAACAGGCUGAGAAAGGUGGUUCCUGUGAUGAUGGGGAAUCAAGUGCAAAAGAAGCAACAGUAGAAAGUUGUGAAUCUGAAAAAAAAAUGGAAAAGCAGAAAAUUACGACUUUUGGAUAUAUCAAAUAUGUUUAUGAUGAUGAUCAUGAACUGGAAAUAUUAGGGAAGGGGGAAGGUGGUUCCGGUGUAACGAGAUAA